GGCGGGCCCGCAUGGCGGCGGGAGUGCACCGGAAGCUGCGCAGCAGCGGCGGCGGUGGCGGCGGCCGGGCGGGCUGAGCCGGCCACGCGCGACGGGGCCCAGGGCUGCGCGAGGAGCCGGGAGUGCCGGGAACCGAGAGCUGCGGGAGCGGUGGGAGCCGGCAGGUGAGAGCGGGGCUGGAGCCGUGUCCACCACGGGCCGGGUGAGGGCUGUGGCCGGUGGAGUGUGGCGGCCCCGGCCUGUCCCGGGCCCUUCGGUGUGGCUGCGGCGGAGAGCGGGGAGGUGUCCCGGGUUCCGAAAUGCCGACUGAGUAUUUCAUGUCAGUAGCUGUGUGACGAAGGGGCGCGGCCCCUCCGCUCCCCGUUAACCAGGGACGCGCUCUGUGCCGUCUGUGUGUGUCCGUGCACACCCGCCCCUUGCGCGGCUUCUCGUGUUCCAGCGAUUAACUCUACAAACGCUUUUUUCCUCUGCAGUCUUUCCAUAGUGUAUGGACCACUCUGGAUGUGGAUUAAGAACUGAGGAGGCAGUUUAACCAUAGGUUUAUCUGAAAGAGCUGGGCACGUUUCGGUGUGGAAGGGCAGGACCCGCGCACUGGGCUGGAUCAGCUGCUUGCCAUCCAUCCAUCCAUCCAUCCAUCCACCCUUAGCCCCUCAUUUCCACUGCCGUGGGGCAGGGAUUACGGCUCUGCCUGCACCAAGUGCCUUCCCGAAGUCUUGCAUCUCUUAGCUGCAGCUAUAAUAAACGCCAUUAAUUUAAACCAUAUUAAAACACUGACUUUUUUUUUCGGAAAAACUGAAUGUUUUGUCAGCAAAACAUGUAGCCUCUGUUGCUUCUCAUACACCCAUAAAAGCAUUUAGUAUGAGAAUGUUUAAGACAAGUCUGACUGAAGAAGAAAUUUUUAGAACUUUCUAAACUGGCACCCUAGUUUAUUUUGAAACUUCAUCAGUUUUAUCUUAAUUUGGUUAGUCUGUGUUAGACUUCUUUCAGGAAAGAAAUUUGUGCUUGCUCCCCCUCCAUGGAGAUUUGCAAUUCUGCCCAGCACUUACAGGCUGCGAUGUAAAGAAAGUUGCUUUCAGGUUCCUCUGAAUGUCACCUCUUUUCCCUAGCCCAUCAGUUGCACCACUCGGUUUGGUGUCAUCCACAGACUCCCUGAGAGAGCACCCAGUCCCACUGUCUGUGCCCCGUUGCUGAAGACAGUAAAUGGUAUUGAUCCCAAUAUGGGCCCUUGAGCAACACCACUCAUUACUGGUUUUUGCUUAGGGCACAGAGCUUCAACUCUUUGGAUGUGGCCAUCCAGCCAAUUCCUUAGCCGUCUAACAGUUUACCCAUCAAACUAUAUCUUUCCAAUCCUUCCCUUUUUCCUUGUUUUCUGUCUUCUGCCUUGUCAGCUUUGUAGGUCAUUGGAGUUUUCAUAGGCCAAUUUAACUCACUGGAAUAGCAGAAAAACUUGUGCUUUGCUGAGUUUUUUGCUUUCCUGUGAGUUCAGUUAGCUCAUGGAAAGUCUGAUGAGUAUGUGAGCUAUCAGGGAAGGUGGGGGGAGAGAAAUAGAAGAGAGGACACCCCCUGUUCUGCAGUGAACUGUUAGAUUACCUCAUGUCCUCAAGGAAGCAUAACCAUAGCAUAAUUAUAAUUACAUAAUUAUGCCAUGUCCAUAGCAUAUUUUGCAUUACAUUUUUCAGUAUUCAGACUAAAAGAAGGAAAGUAGCAUAAAUGCUUUAGAACGUGAUCCAGUAAGUUUGAAAGUGCAUUCCUGUGUACUUUCGCAUCUGUAAUGCACUUAUUGCACUUGGCUACAAUGGAUUGUUUCAGUACUUGGUGCAGCAGUCUUUUCCUUUGUUGGUUUUUUGGCAGCUUUGUUGAUCUCGUGCCCAGUUUUCACAGAUUGUGCAAAGAUCACCAGUAACUUCCUGCAAUGUUACAAGCUCUUUGAAAAGUAUAGGCAGGCCACUUAGUACCACUCUGCAUAUCUAGUAUUGGCAGACCUGUUUUAUUUGCUUUUUGUGUUUAUGUCUUUGAACUGAAAGGAUAAUUAAUUUUUUUUAAAGUUGCUAUAUUCACAAGAGGAAUAAAAGUCUUUGCUCCAGUACUGUAGUACUAUUGCUGGGUGAUUAUAGCUGGGGGGAGGUAUUGUACAUCUCAGAACAGUAUUUAAGCUUUAAAAAGAAGGGCAGAAGUAACAGAGACUGAACAUAAUUGAAAAAAACCAACUUGCUUUCCUUUUGAGAGGGCUGACAGGGAAAACAGGGACUUGCAAAGGAAUUAGAAGGAAUAACCUGCAGCUUAUUAGUGUUACUAACCUUUUAAGUGUGUGUUUUAUUUAUGUGGUGAGGAAUUUCUUGGAGAAUUUCUGUCAUGUAAGCUAUGUUUUUUAUUUACAAUGGAGAGCUGAGACUGCUUCAGGCCAAGGAAUUGACUAAAAGUCCCUUGAAGAGUAAAGUUAUGUGUUUUAGGGUGUUAUCUGAUAUAACCUAUGAUAUAGGUUGAUAUCUGUACUACUUGUUAUUGUAUUUAAAAAAUCAGCUUCCUGGCUAGACUAAAUAUAUGAUAAUAUAGUUGAGUUGCAGUGUGAUAGUGCUGUUGCCACUGGGUGAAAAACUGGGAGUGCUUGCUUUUCCUUUAUAGUUCAGCAAGUGUGCAUACUUUUAGCUAAUUCAUCACUUUUCACCUUGCGUGAGCCCAGGACUGUACUGUUUCUUAUGCACCUUCUAGCAUUACUUUGAAAAUUAAACAUGUGCUCUGGGGCAUGUGCAUUGAUAUUUUUAUGCUCUUGCCUUCUAUUCUGUUACAACCACUAGUUUUAUAAGUCAGAGUAUACUGUCUCUACAUGCUGCAGCCUCGUAAUUCUGAGGAGUGCUGCUGAACACGUUGAGAGUGUCAAUGUGACACACCAUCAUCUCAUUUUGACCCAGUCUUAAGUUGCCCUUGGGGUCUGAUUUGAAAUGAGUGGUUGCAUUGUUCUACUGUGCUGUUUUUAAUUGAUGCUCUGUUGGUUUUUAGCAUUCUGUCCAGUUCUGUAGGGUCUCGCCUUGCCAAAUAUUAUAAAUGCGUUUGGGUUGAACUGGUAUUGGCACUGGUCUCAAAGAAUGCCUUGAGAAAUUUCCCUUUUUGAAAGGAACUAGAAUCUGAGUUGAUGCUGUACUGUAUGAAAGGGUUGAAAGGACAUCAUGGUAUGAGAGAAGAUGCUUUUCAGUGGAAGUAUUGAAAAGGGAACAGUUGUGGCUGAAGGAAAGAUUUUACAUUGAUGAUUUUGCAAUUCAGCUUACCUUAAUUUCUCAUGCAUCUUGAAGAAAUAUGUAUUUAUUCUAGUUAGUUCCAUUGGAAGUCAACAGGAGCAGAACUGGAUCCCUGUAGUUCCACCCCCCUGGUUUUGCUGGCUGAUUCAAGGUGUAGUUAACCCCAGUGCCAGUGAAAGAAUGGACUUAAGGAACUGCCUUCUGAUGUGCACCUGGGUCAUACUAAAGUGGUGCUCCACAACUGAGUCUGUGUGUAUGUGUGAUAGGUGAGAAAAGAAAAUUUUGACUCUGAAUUUAAGAGUCAUUUGAAAUAGAAUAUUCGGUGUCACUUGUAAAAUAUGCAGUGGAGUUACAUAGUAAUGAUAACUGUGGAAGAGCUUUAGUUUGCAAGGAAGACUAUAACAUUGUUAAAUUAACAUUAGGAGAAAUUUCCAAAAAUGGCAGUAGCAGCAGAAUGCCCUUCUGUAGUUAAACAUUGUUAUGUUUGCAGGACAAACUUCUAACAGUUUAUUAUGCAAUAAAUUCACUGUCUUGAAAGAUGCAACAGUGGGGUUUUUUUGGUUGGUUGUUUUUUUAAUGGUCCUCAGCACUAACCUAUAGCCCCAUGGGAUCUUACUGUGGACAUUUUUAAAGUUCAUUCUUUCUGAGGGUUAGAUGAAGUAAGGUGAGAUGCCCAGCAAGACUUCUACAUUUCUGCACUUGGAAAAUAUGUGAGACCUUGUAGUGCAAAGAAUAGAUAAGCUUGCAAAUUCAGGACUUAAAGCAGUUAAAUCUAUUAUGUGACUUAAUUUAAAGUUUUGAGUUCAUAAUCUGCACUGGAAAAAAAGUAUUUUCCAUUAAAGAAAUACUCUUCUGAAUUCAUUUCCACAAAUUAUACAAGCUGCAUUAUUGUUGCUAUUUUUUGUUUCCCAAACUUCAGCCUAAUUUUUCUUUAAUUGUUUUAUUUACUUCUUAUUUUUCAGGAGUCUUUGAAAAAUCCUUAGUGGUCAUGACAUUGUUACAAGUGACAUAAGUUAGCCAGUGGCUCAGAAUGAUGGAUACCCAGAAGACUACAAAUGAACUGUAAUCCCGUGGAAACAACUGCACAUGAGUAUUGUCCAGUCUGCAAAGAGAAGGGUCAGAUCCAAGCUUUAAGGACUUACCGUAUUAAUUUUCAAGAGUCCAUUUUUCUUUGUGAAAAUCCUCAGUGUAUCUACCCACUUGGUUAUAAACCAUUAGACAGCAUAAUUACUUCUGCUGGUUCAGAACAUCAUCAAGCUCCAUCUACUCAUAAGAAAAGAAAAUUGUGUGAUACCAGUGACUUUUCUCCUGUUGAAUCAGAUCCAAAAAAAGCAAGAACUAAUCAUCUGGUAAAUGCUGAGCAUUCUAUUAAUACAGACCCUACUGUGAAAUGCUCUCAGAAUAGCUUCUGUAUUCCUAAGUCAAGCCUACUUGAUGUAUUACAAAAUGACCAGCAGAAACCUGGAAACAAUGUGGAGUCUUGCAUGCAGAAGAUGGAUUUUGAAACAACCACCAAGACCGACAACUAUCAAGAAAAUCCACCUAAGUCUUCUAGUCCCAGAAUACAAUCCUUGCCAAAUUCUGAACUUUUAUCAACAACAUUUGAAAUUUCACUGAAAGAGGAUAAAGGUUCCACUAAUAACACAGAUUUGUGUCUUCAGUGGAGAAACAUACAUAAUCUUUGUUGGUUAGAUUGCAUUUUGUCAGCACUGGUACACCUAGAAACAUUAAAACUUGCCCUAGCAGAAGAAUGUAACAAUGGAAAAUGUUUACUCCAGAAACUUCUAACAAAAUAUAGUCAAGCAACUAUGCUACUGAAUACCUGUAAAAGGAGUAAAGUAAAAGAUGUUCUUCCAAAAGCAGAAUCUCAUCUCAAUGAAGUCAGAAACUUAAUGUUUACACAGCUUCAGCCUCGGCUUAGGUGUGAAUUGGGUAAUAUGGAGAAUCCAGUGUUUGCACUCCAUCUACUCUUACAGUUGGAUCAACAAGCCGAGAAACUAUUCUUGCAUUCAUUUUCAUGGAAGUUUGAAUGUGUAUAUUGUGGCUACAAAUACCAGAACCGAUUUGAGAAAACACUAACAACAUUUGCAAAUAUAAUCCCUGAUUGGCAUCCACUUAACGCUGUUCAUAUUGGACCAUGUAAUAACUGUGGUGAUAGAUCUCAAAGACGACAGAUGGUUUUGGAAAAAGUACCUUCAAUAUUAAUGUUACAUUUCGUGGAAGGCUUGCCACAUAACAACUUGAAGAAAUAUUCAUUUCAAUUUGAGGAAGACACUUACCAAAUAACAUCUAUUAUUCAGUAUCAGACAGAUAAGAAGCACUUCAUAGCCUGGUCUUUGAAUCCUGAUGGAACUUGGCUUGAAUGUGAUGAUUUAAAGGGGCCAUAUUGCAAGAGACAUAAAAGAUUUGAAGUUCCUUCUUCAGAGAUUCAUAUUGUUAUCUGGGAAAAGAAAACAUCCCAUGUGCCAGAAGAACUGAAUUCACAGUUCCAGAGUAAAAAUAUUGAAGAUUUUCCUCUUAAUAACAUACAGUCAAAUUCCAUGGUGUUGCACUGUGAUUUUGAUAGCACUGUAGGCAAAACACCUGCAGAACAGCACAAAGAGGAUUCUGUGAGAACCCCAGAGAAGAAACAGCAGCGAGUAGCUGAGGAUGAAAGUAUUGUUCAUCAUGGUUUAGAAAAUCUGGCACACGAUGAUCUCGUAACACUGAUGCUUGAAGAAGUUCAAGUUGACUCGGAAGGUAAAUCGCUGCCAAAUGGACAGAUGGUGAGAAAUAACCUUAUUGUUGAAAUGGGCACACUGCAACAGCAGGAACCAGCUUUUUCACUUAACACUCCAUAUACAGGAGAGCUUGCUGGAACUGGUCUAGCUAUGAAUAAUAAAUGCAUGUUAUAUGAAAAUUCCAACAUUUGCUUACCUCUAGAAGAGUUGAACCCAGCAAGUAUUACUCCUCCUGUUCUCAAAAAACAUGACCCUGACUCAUCUGACUCAUCACUUGCUCAAAGAACAGAUGACAGAACUAAUUUAGUUAACAGAGAACAUGGAUUAAAUUCAGAACUACAGCUGAACAAGAAAUUGUCAGCAGUAGAGAAUACUAUACAAAAAUCACUUGACUCGAGAUAUGCAAGCAAAACUGUCAUUAAUUCUCAAGUUGACAGUUCUGCUGCGAAUAAUUCUGUUCAGCCUUCACACAAAGACCAAAAAAGAGGAUUUGUCGGAAGCUGGGUAAAGAAAUUAUUAAGCAAGAAUACUUCCUUUAUGCCUUCAAGUGCCUCAGUUCUCAAGAAUGAGAGAAGUUGCAAAACUCCCUCAAUGCAAAAAGUAAGUGAAGUGAGGCUGCCAGUGAAGGGCGCGAGUAACUUUGGUGGAUUUCAAAGCAGAGGUACAAACAAAACUGAGACCCCAAAGUCACUGGCUCCUCAGAGUAAUAAUAGUCAUCCUUUAUCAAAUUACAAAGGAUUUUCUCAAAGCAGUCGUCUUCCAACAGCAAGGCAUACCACUAUUGCAGGUCCAACUUGGAAUAAGUCAGGAAGUACACUGGGUACCUCAGGUAAAGUGACUCAGUGCCAUUCACUUGACUGUAACUCUGGGAAGGCAGAAGAGUCAGAUAGUGACAAAACAAAAAAACUUCGCCUGAAACUGUUAAAAAAACUGAAUGCUAAAAAGAAGAAGUUGGCUUCACUGGAUAGACUAGCAGUGGAACAAAUGAAACAGGAAAAACCUGUGAGUGGAGGCAUAAGCACCCCAUCACAGAUUGAAUCUCAAAAUGACAGUGAAGUAUUGCAGAGCUUUUUAAGGGAACUGCAGUAUCAGAUUGAUGUCACAAAUAAUGAGUCUGAAUUUAAUACAAACUCUGUGUCAGGGUGCACUACCCAUAGUAACACUGAUGAAAUACUGGCAGAGUUACUGUCCCCUACUUCAACUGUUGCUUCCUUAGAGGCUCCAAAAAGUGAAGAUGAAUGUAUGUAUAUGGAGAUGGUGGAUAGUAGUGUUGCAACAACAGGGUCUGAUGAGAAGACCAGUGUGCCACAUGCAGCAGUGACAAGUGAGGACCACAAUUACUACAGUCCUGUAAAGGACACUAAUUUGGAACUUGAUGCAAUAAACAAACCCAGUGGGAAAAAACUUGGUUUUGAAAGUCCUACAAGGGAAGAUAUACUUGAAGACCUGUUCUCCAUUUCAGCACCAAGCUCAAUGGCAGGUGACAUAGAUUUACCUCAUUUUGAUGAAACCCUGUUUGAAACUUGGUAAAUAUUCGGUUUCUUGGUUUUAAGUGUUUUUUUCAGUAUUAUGUAUAUUUUGAAACAAAGCACUACUAAGUUAUAUUUUCUAACUAGUUUAAUUGCACACUGGCUGUACUUGAACAAUUUACAUUUGAGGUAUUUUUUUCCUUAAGAUUUUAUUGUAACAAGCAAAUCAGGUUUUAAUGAAUUUUAUUGUUCUGAGAAGCAGUUAUUUUAGUUGUCAGAUUUGAUGCUUUUUAAUGAGAAGCUCUUAUGAGUCUUAAUUUUUGCUGCUUUUAAUAUGGAAAACAUCCAUACUCUAGUGAGUUUGAGAAAUAAUAAACUUCAGUAGUCUUAAUGAUGCAAUGGUGUAAGAAAUAUUAUUUAUGUAGUAGUCAUUUAUUUUACAGGAUCACUUCUGAAGUUAUUUUGUCUGACAUUAAAAAAAAAUUUAAGUACCUUCUGUAGUCAGGGAAUUUUGCAUCCUUUGAUAUGAAGAUUGUUUGUAACAUUCUAAACUUGAAGCUGGCAUUCUCUUAGGCUGGCAUUCAGCUCUUUACAGAAUUGCUGUUCUACAAGCUCAUGCUGGUGUAUAUACCCCUUGGAUCCAAGGAGGGAUGGAUACAUGCUAGAAAUUUUCCUAUUUAAAGUUACAGCACGUACUGAGAUUUCAUCCUGGGUAACUGCGAAUGUAAUUUGGCAGAAUAUGCUUCUGAGCCAGGUUACUUUUUUAAGUAAAAUUAGUAACAUUCAGUCCAGAGUGCAUCACUAAGAAGGAAUAUCAGAUGUACCUUUUAGUUGUUCGUAGCUGCAAAAUCAUUAAUAAAACAAAGGUUUCUGAGAAUUAAUUUAACUGCAAGUUAAUGCCUAUAACUGUUGUAACUAGGACUUGGUCACGACUAGAGCAGUGCACCCCUGUCCAUAUGUGAGAGUGCCAAGGAGAGGCAAGGUCAAUAGGAAGAAAGUAAUGGGAAAAUAUAGCAAGACAGCAGUGAGUAAGCAGAGGGAUUCACACCUUGGUGUUUCAGGUUUUGUAUAGAUUUGGUUUUGCUAGAUGGGAGUAUUUUAAACGCAUAGACACAGCUGAGGGUAUUAUAUGCCAAGUUAGAGUAGCUAUACAUUUUUCUUGUUCUCAGAAAUAACAAAGAUUUUAUCAGCAAGUCUUUGUCUCAGCCAUUUUUAGAGGUGUUCUGCAUUUUUUCAUUGUUUUGGAUUCCAAGUUCAAAACAUUAAGUCCUCAGUCUUACUAUUCCAAUAGGUGCAGUUGAACAUAUUUGUUAUUACAAGGCAUGGCUUCAGAUUUUAGUGGUCUUAGGUUGUUUGAACUAGGUUCAAAAACUGAAAAAUUGUCAGUGGCCCCCAGCUCUCCAUGUCAAGUUAUUUCUGCUGCAAUUGUGAACAUUUUCAUCAAACUGGUACUUCAGGCAGUGAAUGGUUUCAUUCUUGAAAUACAAGUCUUUGCAAAGAACUUGAGCUUCUUCUUUGUUUGAAAUACUGUAAUUGGUAAUGUUACAAUAGAAAACAAAUCAAUGGAUUCUGAAUGUUAAGUGCCGGUGCACUGCUGGUGAAAUGUUUGCCUGUUUGUGAAUUCCCUGAUCAAAAAAAAGCUGACCAAAAUUAGAGUUUGAUUUAUCCAUUAAUAAAAUAGGUGCCUCUGCAA